GGUGACGGUGCCGGAGGUGACGGUGCCGCGCGGGCGCCAUGGCCGCCUCCGCCCUCUUCAUCCUGGACCUCAAGGGGAAGCCGCUGAUCAGCCGUAACUACAAGGGGGACGUGGGUCUGGGGGAGAUCGAGCACUUCAUGGGGGCCCUGCUGCAGCGCGAGGAGGAGGGGACGCUCACGCCCGUGCUGACCCACGGCCACGUGCACUUCCUGUGGAUCAAACACGCCAACCUGUACCUGGUGGCCACCACCAAGAAGAACGGCAACGCCUCCCUUGUCUUCUCCUUCCUCUACAAGGUGGUGGAGGUGUUCUGUGAGUACUUCAAGGAGCUGGAGGAGGAGAGCAUCCGCGACAACUUCGUCAUCGUCUACGAGCUGCUGGACGAGCUGAUGGACUUCGGCUUCCCGCAGACCACGGACAGCAAGAUCCUGCAGGAGUACAUCACCCAGGAGGGGAACAAGCUGGAGACGGGCAGGUCGCGCGUGCCCACCACGGUGACCAACGCCGUGUCCUGGCGCUCCGAGGGGCUGCGCUACAAGAAGAACGAGGUGUUCAUCGACGUCAUCGAGGCCGUCAACCUGCUGGUGAGCGCCAGCGGCAGCGUGGUGCUCAGCGAGGUCGUGGGCACCAUCAAGCUCAAGGUUUUCCUCUCGGGGAUGCCGGAGCUGCGCCUGGGCCUCAACGACCGCGUGCUGUUCGAGCUGACGGGCCGGGGCAAGAACAAGUCGGUGGAGCUGGAGGACGUGAAGUUCCACCAGUGCGUCCGCCUGUCCCGCUUCGACAACGACCGCACCAUCUCCUUCAUCCCGCCCGACGGCGACUUCGAGCUCAUGUCCUACCGCCUGCACACGCAGGUGAAGCCGCUGAUCUGGAUCGAGUCCAUCAUCGAGAAGUUCUCGCACAGCCGGGUGGAGAUCAUGGUCAAGGCCAAGGGACAGUUCAAGAAGCAGUCGGUGGCCAACGGCGUGGAGAUCUCGGUGCCCGUGCCCAGCGACGCCGACUCGCCCAAGUUCAAGACCACGGUGGGGUCGGCGCGGUACCUGCCCGAGAGGAACGUGGUCAUCUGGAGCAUCAAAUCCUUCCCCGGGGGCAAGGAGCACCUGAUGCGCGCCCACUUUGGGCUGCCCAGCGUGGAGAAGGAGGAGGAGGAGGGGCGGCCGCCCAUCGCCGUGCGCUUCGAGAUCCCCUACUUCACCGUCUCGGGCAUCCAGGUGCGGUACAUGAAGAUCAUCGAGAAGAGCGGGUACCAGGCGCUGCCCUGGGUGCGCUACAUCACCCAGAGCGGGGAUUACCAGAUCCGCACCAGCUGAGGGGGGGGGGGUCUCCCAUGGACCCCCCCGACCCCCAUGGACCCCCC